GGACCUUGCGCUUCUGUGGGAGAAACUGAAUUUUCCGACGGUCCCUCAUUCUUCUCCUUUACUUUUUCCCCUCCUCCCCCUGGACGGUCUCUGCUCCUGCUGCUGCGUCAGGGUUUGUCUUUUGGGUGACGCUCCCUCAGAGGUCAGUCACUCAGGUAAACAGCCAAAAUGGCGGCGGAGCGGCUGUCGGUUCCUUCUCCAGCGGCCAUGCAAGACAAGGAGCCUGAGGAGACGGAGGCCGGGGAGCGAGGCGCGCCGGCGGCCGGGCCUGAGCUACCUCCCGGCUCCCUCAGCCUGACCGAGCUGCCCGGCGAGCUGCUGGAGCUCAUCCUGUGCUGCGGGGUCCUGAGCGCCCUCGACGUGGGCCGCCUCGCCUGCACCUGCCGCCGCCUGAGGGAGGCCUGCCAGCCCCGCGGGAAGGUCUGGAGGGAGCAGUUCCGACUCAGGUGGCCAUCCCUAAUGAAACACUAUAACCAGGCUGAUACUGUGAAUUGGCUAGAGGAAUACAAAGAACGGCAUAAAGCUGGUGUGGAAGCACGAAGAAUUGUAGCGUCCUUUUCAGAAAGGUUCUUUUCAGAGCAUGUCCCUUGUGAUGGCUUCAGUGAUAUUGAAACUCUUGGAUGUCCAAGCCAUUUCUUUGAGGAUGAACUAAUGUCAGUCCUUAAUAUGGAGGGAAGGAAAGGCCUGACAUGGAAGUACUAUGCAAAGAAAAUUCUUUACUUCCUGCGACAACAAAAUAUUUUAAAGAAACUGAAGGCCUAUCUUAAACGUCCAGUUGAUGAACAGUCCUUUUUGGAAGGGGCUGUCUUGAUUGAUCAGUAUUGCAACCCCUUGUCAGACAUAUGCCUGGAGACUGUUUGGGCCCAAGUGGAUGACAUUGUUGCUAAAGUGCGUAAAUAUCUGAAAUCUAAAAACUCCAGACAUCCAAGUGUGACUCCCAAAGCAGGAGAAGACUUGAUCAUCUCUCAGGUAGAGCUGCAGAGACAAGUUCUUGAUGCCAUCAACUAUGUCCUUUACGAGCAAUUAAAAUACAAGGGGAAUGAGGUGGAUUACUACAAUUCUCUGAAUUCAUAUAUUCGCCAGGUUUUAAUUCACAGAACUGGAAUCCCGAUCAGUUUGUCAGUGCUUUAUUUGACAAUUGCCAGGCAGUUGGGUGUUCAGCUUGAGCCAGUCAACUUUCCCAGUCAUUUUCUGCUCAGAUGGUGCCAAGGGACAGAAGGAAGCACAAAUAUCUUUGACUAUGUUUACAUCGAUGCUUUUGGAAAGGGAAAACAGCUCACAGUGAAAGAGUGUGAGUACUUGAUUGGACAUCAUGUGACUGAAGAGUUUUAUGGCAUAGCAACUGCAAAGGAAGUCCUACAGCGGAUGGUGGGCAACUUGUUAAACAUUGGGAAACGGGAAGGUACUGAUCAGUCCUAUCAGCUCCUAAGAGACUCUUUGGAUUUGUACCUGGCGAUGUAUCCAGACAAUGUGCAACAUCUGAUGCUCCAGGCUAGACUGUACUUCCACCUGGGAAUCUGGCCAGAGAAGGUUCUGGACAUCUUGCAGCACAUUCAAGCAUUGGACCCCUCCCAGCAUGGAGCAGUGGGCUAUUUAGUUCAACAUACACUGGAACAUAUCGAGCGCAGGAAAGAGGAAGCAGGGCCUGAGGUGAAGCUCCACUCCGAUGAGAAACAUAAAGGUGUCUGCUAUUCAGUCGGCCUGGUUAUGAAACACAAGAGAUAUGGUUAUAACUGUGUGAUCUAUGGUUGGGAUCCAUCAUGUAUGAUGGGUCACGAAUGGAUCCGAAACAUGAAUGUCCAUAGCUUACCACAUGGUCCCAACCAGCCAUUCUACAAUGUAUUAGUAGAGGAUGGAUCGUGCCGAUAUGCUGCCCAAGAGAAUUUGGAAUACAACAUGGAACCUCAUGAAAUUCCUCACCCAGACAUAGGCCGCUAUUUUAUGGAGUUUGCUGGUAUUCACUACAUAGCAAACAAGGAAUUACAGAUCCGAUACCCUGAAGACAUGGAACUUACGCAUGCAGCUGUCCAAAAGACAUAUGAGAAACGUGAAUGAGCUUCCCAUCUCUGUAGAAGAGCAGAAGUCAACUUCUCACAGUAGCUGUGAGAAUUAUGUUGUGGGUUCCCUGACUUAACUAGGAGUCAUAUUUUGCUCAGUAACUAGCAGUAAAGUAUUUUCUUUUGUAAGUUAUGGUGUCCCAAAAGUAAUGAAAUAAUGUGGACACAUGGAUUGUUGAGACAAGAUGUUACAUGUCUAAAAGGACCACACCAUAAGAAGCACCUACUCUCAUUUACUUCUGGACUCUAAAGUUCUUGUUCUUGAUUUAGAGGUGUUUUCAACAGCCUGUGGGCUGAACCUGUUGACAUUAUAUAGAUUGGGCUUGACAUAUCUCUAGUAUUUUGAAUGUUUGAGAUUUGUACAUUAUCAUUGUGCCCUUUUCAACUCUGUCAGCCCCCCCCUCCCCUGUUCUCUGAUCUUUUCAGUAGCCAGCAAUCCAAUCCUAGACUCUUAGGAAGGAUAUUUACACUUCCUUGUUCAAAGAUCAUGAGAAUAUGCGGAGUGGUACUCUUCCCACUGCCUGAGAGGAACAGCUUAAGCUUCACAUAAAAGAUGAAGAUUGCAUAAAUCUUUCUCUUUUUUGCAGACGGAGUCCCUUUCACUACAAACACCUGUGCACUGGGAGUCCCAAGAGUGAAUUAUUGAUGGGCCACAUUUAUGAUCUAGUUGGAUAUGUAUAGUAUAGUCCUCUUGUUAUGCACUUGUGUCUGUCUUGAAGAGAUUGUUCAGGUAGCUGUGAGCUUUCCCUAUCAGUGCAUCCAUACUUCAGGGCAUCUGAGCUGUGAAAUUCAUAGCUUUUCGAAAAACUAUUUUUCCUAGCCUAAAAACUAGGAAUGAAAACAAAUAGUGUGGCUUCUGAAGUUCGCAAUCAUUGGGGGUGGUGUCUCAAAUGUGGGUAAGAUAAUUUUCAGACUUGACUAUCAGAACAAUCUGGGUUUGAAAAAAAAAAUUCACACAUCAUGCAUCUCUCUACGUUUUAUUACACAUCAUAAACAGUUAACUGUGAGGACAUAGAUUCUGUGAUUUUAAAGUUGAUGCCUAAGCAGAGUGAAGUCAGUAUGUAAUAGAUUAUACUUAGUGGCACUACAAGUAAGUUUUAAUUAUUAUGCUGCAAAUGAUAAUGUUUGCACUGUAAUGAUUUAAGCUUAGAAUGCCACUUUUUAUAGCAGUGAAAUCAUUAUUUUCAGGAUAGUGGUUGAUAUGCAUGUUGCAUUUUACAAUAGUUAGUCAGCAUAUUUCUUUGUGAAGGUCCACAUAUGUUCCCGGGUGGCUUAACACAGUUUGAGGUUUAGUUCAGGCAUGUCUGGAUCUGAACAAUCAUGGGUGAAGACCUGAAUCAAUUGUGAUAACUUAAUCUGAACCCUUCAGAUCCAACAAAUAACCACAGUCAUCCACACUUGUGUGGAUGUUUUCGCAUGUACUAGGAGACGGUGGCUCAUAUGAACCAGCAGUGUUAAUAAUCACCUUGGGAGAAUGAACCAAGAGGAAAGCUAAAGAUUCAAAUAACAAAUUAAUGUAGAGUAGGAAAGAAAGUAUUUGCAAUAAAUGUAAUUUAAAUUGAAGAGGCCUUGGUUGGAAGCUAAAAUCCUGCAUACUUCACACAUCAUAAAUCCCAGGCUCUCAUUGAGAGACAAAAAUGUCAGUAACAUGAAGCCUGGGAAACUCUUUCUGUGAAGUGUUAAUGCUUCUAUAUUAUGCAACAAUGCAUCUGCCUCAAACUUUGUAUUUUUUAGCCUGCAGAUGGUUCUCUAAUGCAGCCAUUCUCAAUCUUUUUUUGGCCAUGGCCCUUUUAGGAGUUCUUCUCAGGUUCCAGGGUUGUCUUUCAAACAAGGAUACAACACAAACAGGUGAACAGGAAAACAGAAUAGAACAUUUUGAGUCUGUGGCUCCUUUCCAAUGUGCCAGGGCUCAUGCGAAGCAUGGCAGAACUCCUGUGACGGAGUCCUGCGUUAAUGCUAGCUGUAUAACUUUGAUCUGUAGCACAGGUACGAUCCCUACUUCUCUGUGCUCUUGGUAAUCGGAUGUUUGUCUGUGGUAUCUCUCUGCAUUUUUGUUUAUAGAACUUGUACUUCAAAUGAAAGGUGCUAUAGAUAUAUAUAUAUAUAUAUAUGAAGAAUAAUAUAUAAAGAACAAUAUAAAGAUUAUGAAUUUUAAAAAACAAUACACUUUGUACAGUUAAAAUUCAGUGUGCAGUUUUGGUCACUAAACAAGCUGUAUUUAUGACUAUUUUAAUGUUAUCGAUUCUUUCCUUAUCCUCCCAGCACCUUUGACACAUGAUAGAAUAAAAUGCUAAUCAUGUCAGAUUCAGACUGUAUACAUGUAUCUUUUAGAUUAUUUGGAAAUAUAUACUGUUCAUUCACCUAGUCUGACAAGUUGGCAAAACAGAGUCCUGCAGCCUAAUAUAAAUGUGAAUUUUUCUGUGGGGAUUUUGUAUAUUUACAACUAAACUUCUGGGUUUGUUGAAUAAAUCAGCAUGUUGUAUUUUGA